AAAGACUUUGGGGCCGGGGAAAGUGAAAGAACAGCCAGACAUUCGCCUCUGAGAAGUUUCCCAGCAGCAGUGACAAUGGCUGUAGCCCUGAGGGCUGAAGAUGUGUCCUUGUUAAAGGUCUGGCAGCUCCUGUCGCCAUUAAACCAGGAAACUUGAGCCCCUUUGCCCAGACCUUGUUGGUUAAUGGAUUCCUGCUAAUGUUUGGUUAGAUGCCUUUUCCUAUUUCCUCUGGCAGAAAACCUUUGGAACAUGUGUUUGUUUCUGUGGGGCAGAGGCUUGAAAAAGAGUGAGGAAAGGAAGCUCAGCAUCCUAACAUGCAGGUGUGAGCCCCCUAGAUAUUGCUCUGUUAUUUCCAGCUAAGGUCAGACACCUUCCCUCCUUGUCUCCUCAUUAAGCCAGAAUCCCCAUGGAUCCUCCAACCUGAAAAGAGCAAAGGGAAGAAAAGAGCCUUGCGUUUGAGCAGCAACUCUAUGCCCAACAUGGCACCACAUCCUUUCCAGAUACCAAGGCACUUGAUGCUCAUGGAGAGCCCACACACGUAUUAGGAUCAUUACCCGCAUUUUACAGAUGCACAACGAAACUGCGAGCAAUGAGUUGUUUCAAAACUUCACCGAGCCAUUCCUGGAUUUAUCCCACUGUGAUCCUGUGCUUAUUUGGAUUUUUCUCCAUGAUGAGACCCUCAGAACCCUUCCUAAUCCCAUAUUUAUCUGGACCAGAUAAAAACCUGACCAGCUCAGAGAUCACAAACGAGAUCCUUCCCAUUUGGACAUACUCUUACCUGGCCCUGCUGCUCCCGGUGUUCAUCCUCACCGAUUACGUCCGCUACAAGCCAGUCAUCAUCCUACAAGGGAUCAGCUUCAUCAUCACCUGGCUGCUUCUCCUGUUUGGCCAGGGAGUGAAGGUCAUGCAGGUUGUAGAGUUCUUCUAUGGGAUGGUCACUGCCACCGAGGUGGCCUACUAUGCCUAUAUUUACAGUGUGGUCAGCCCAGAGCACUACCAGAAAGUGAGUGGCUACUGCAGGAGUGUCACCCUGGUGGCUUACACGGCGGCCUCGGUGCUGGCCCAGCUCCUGGUAUCCUUGGCCAGCCUUUCAUACUUUUAUCUCAACGUCAUAUCCUUGAUCUCCGUCUCCGUGGCCUUUCUUUCCUCACUUUUCCUACCGAUGCCUGAGAAGAGCAUGUUUUUUCAUGUAACACCCAGCAAAGAAGUACAGAAACCACCAAACAAUGCUGCAGUGUUAGAUGGAACUUACAAGGUUAACACACCAGGUGGUGAAGAGAAACCCACUUCAGAAAUACCCACCAUUUCGGGGACCCUGGAUAAUCAGCGGUUGAAAAAGCCAUUGCCAGGAAAUGUAGUUUUGAGUGUUUUUGUGCAGUGGUUCCAAGAUUUGAAGGGUUGUUACUCCUCAAAGCAUCUUGUUUACUGGUCCCUGUGGUGGGCCUUUUCCACAGCAGGUUUUAACCAAAUUUUGAACUAUGUUCAAAUCCUGUGGGAUUACAAGGCGCCAUCCCAAAAUUCAUUCAUCUAUAAUGGGGCAGUAGAAGCUAUUGCAACCUUUGGAGGAGCCAUGGCUGCCUUUGCAGUGGGCUUUGUGAAAGUCAACUGGGAUCUCCUGGGAGAGCUGGCUCUAGCGAUCUUCUCCACCAUUAGCGCAGGAUCUCUGUUUCUCAUGCAUUCCACAACCAACAUCUGGGCAUGCUAUGCUGGCUAUUUGAUAUUCAAAACCAGCUAUAUGCUUCUUAUAACCAUCGCAGCAUUUCAGAUUGCAGUUAAUCUGAGCGUGGAACGCUAUGCCUUGGUGUUUGGAAUGAAUACCUUCAUUGCCCUGGUGAUCCAGACCAUUAUGACAGUGAUUGUAGUAGAUCAGAAAGGACUCAACCUGCCAAUCAGCAUUCAGUUUUUAGUUUAUGGGAGUUAUUUUGCAGUCAUUGCUGGCAUUUUUCUAAUAAGAAGCAUAUACAACAUCUGCUCAACCAAGUGCCACAAGCAGGCCCAGAGCUCUGCUACAAGUCAGAAUCCCAUGGAGCCCCAUGAAGAUGGACCCAGGAGUGUCAACAUGGAAACAAGACUCUAACCUUAUGGUAACCCUGCAUCCACCGAGCAAGGACCUCCUGGUCACAAAGUCACUGAGUGAUGCAAAGUGACACACUUCAAAGCCUAGGUUUCAAUGAGCCUUUUCAAAACCACAACAAAAUAUCAGUAUUAGACCAGAUAUCUAUGUGCCCAGCUGGAUACAUUCAACAAAUCCCAUCAUCUCAAUCUAACAGCCCGUGCCAGGGACCCCAGUGAGUAGCAAGGACUGGGCAAUUCUGGUUUUGGGUGCUCAUCAGGACAUGCAAACAGCAUGGAAACAAGCGUGAGAACUUUCCACCGUUCUCGAGUUGAUGUUCCCCACUCCUAAGCAGAAAUACUAACUGGAUUCACCCUGUUGCCUGGCUUAGGUCUUUGUGGCAACUUACUGAAACUGGCAAGAGUUGGGCGGGUUUUUGUCACCUAGCCAUUUUCCUUCUUCUUCUAUUAAGUAUAUUUCUAUAUAACAUGUAGUUCUCUAAGAGAAUUUCAAGGUUUGGUCCCAUUUCUAAGGAUCCCUCUUCAAUCCUGAUAACAUGACAUUAUCCACAUGCUAAAAUUUGAUAAUAUCACCAUAUAAUUUUGUCAUGAUUACUUUUCACCGUGCGUUCUGUUGAGCUUUGCUGUUGAAACUCUACCUCAAGAAUAGCUCUAGACAUUCCUGGAUGUCCACAGAAUGACAGUCGAGUCAACUCCUGGUGGCCAUCAGGGAGACAAUGAGCUUUCUCCCUACCAUGACCCCAGAUCUGUGUCUUAAUGCUGUGUCCGUGUGAUCUCUGUGUAAAACAGAGAAACUUAAGUAGAAAUCUCUAGGCGUUUUUAAGUAUUUUUAAAUAAGAAAACACUGAUAGGGUGGGGGAAACGCCUAAUUUUUAAGUGGCUUGUGCCAAAUAAAAUAAUGUGAGCAAAAAUAUUAAAGACUCUUUCUAAUUUUUGGAUGAAUUGUACUGAGAAUCAUCUGUGCUUCUCUGUCCUCCGAAACUUCAAAAGAGGAUAUUUUGAACAGUCUGCCAUGGAAAUAAAGAAUGCCGAUUCAA